AUAUGUUUUGAUUAUUAUUAUAUCUAAUAUUAUAUAAAUGCAUUGCUGGACCUGUCUGAGGCAUCUCUUUCACAAAACUUAAACGGCAUUGGCUAAGGGACUGGGAUUUGUUUGGCAUGCCUCAAACCCCAGAUGCAGCAACCACUUUGGUUUCUGUGCGAAAGAGAGAAUCUUAAAUUCUUACUUCAGUUUUUUUAUAUUUUUUAUUUAAACUUCUCUGCAGUAUAUACUGAUGGGGAAUGUGAGGGCAAGGUCGUCUUCGUUCUCUGUCAAACCAGGCUGUGGCUCUAGUUGAGGUUCGAGAGGAGAGUUAGUCGCUAGCUUUUCGCCUUUCUCCCCUUUCCUUGCAAACCACAGUUCCCUUUUCUUUUGCUUCUUUUCUUCUGCAACUAGUUUGCUACAAAAGGCUGAGAUCUUCUUGCUCUUGAUCAGUCUCUUAACAGGUGGAGUACUGAAAGGUGAUUGGGCAUCAGAGUAGAUAUGUGAUCUGCUUUUUGAGCAAAUUUAUUGGAGAGAAAGGGAUUGCCAAUUUCAACUCUAUUUAUCCUUGGAUAUCUUGGGAUAUAACCAAUUUUGCACAUUGCACAGGCAACAUUGAUUGAUUUCCGAUGGAGAAGCUUCUUAGGCCGUACGAUAAGGAGUGUAUGAGGAUGGCAAUGUUAAAACAUGAAGAAACAUUCAAAGAGCAGGUCUACGAGCUCCAUCGUCUAUAUCGAAUCCAAAAGACAUUGAUGAAGAGCAUUGAGAACGGCAGGCACAACGGAGGCUUCUUACAGAAUGAUCACCAUGGAAAUAUGCAUCAGAAUUCAAGAAUGAGACUUGACUUGGAACGUCCGGCUGAAGAAUACAAUAUUGCAGAAGCAGAUCAUGGUAACCGAAUGUUAGAGGUCAUAGAUGAGAGCGAGAUUGAGCUGACGUUAGGGCCCACAAGGUACGUGCCGAGGAGGAAACAUGGGACUCCUCCAACUUCGGAUUCUGGACCAAGCUUCUCUUCUUCUUCCACUGAAUCCAGUCAUAUGAACAGGACAAGUUCCAUGACCAAACGGAAGACAAAUACAACAACAGGAGAAUUAAGUGGCCGUGAUCAGCUGGGACUCUUCCAGGUCACUGACAUGACAUUGGGGUACCAAAGUGGAAGUAAAAACAAUAUUGAUCUUGAAGAACAAUUGAGACAGGAGAGGCUAAAACAGCCUCCUUGGCUUUAUCAAGUUUUAAGUAUGAAUAUAACUUGAAAAAAAAGAAAGAAAAUAUCUUGCAAGUCGAUAUGAUUAGAUUUUAGACUGCUUCUUAUCGGCUAAGUUUCUGUGAUUGAUGUUUGUGUGGAAGUUUCUGCUUAGUUUUUUUUUAGCAAAAUGGGUGAUGGAGUCUUUUGUAAAGAUCACUUGAUUCCCUGACUUGCAAAACCCACUACUAUACAUAUUGCCUUGAUAUUUUGUUGAGCUCAGCUUUUCAAUCAGUCAAUCCUUUCAUGUCCCACUUUAGAAGACUUUAAGUACAAGCACAACUUUGUUGUUCUUUUUGA